GUCUUGAGAUCUGAUCAAGGUUUAAUUACUUUCUAUUGGUGUAUCGAAUCAAACUAAGAUACUUCUUCGUCUAGCUACUGUUUCAGGUUCAAUUUUUAAGGUCCAUUUCUUAUGGAAAUCGCAUCGGCUAAAUGGUUAUCUGACCUGGGAACAGAGGAUUCCACCUUUUUCCAUCAAGAGCAAAUGAACCCUCUUGAUAACCAGCUGACUGGAGUCAAUUUUUUGCAAAUCACACACAGCAAUCACGGUUUUUACGCUGAAGCACCUUCUCGUCACGCCGUUGUUGAGAGGUCAGCAAAACAGACUAAUGGCUUGAACUCUUGCACAGCUGACCACAUCACUUCUAAUGCUUUAGUCUCCUCUCAAAUUAUUUCUUUUGGGAACUCCACCUCGUCUCCGCCUAUUUCUCAGCUUGUCUCCGGUACUGAAUAUGCCAUGAUUCCAAAGAAUGAGCCUAGGACUCCUUUACAUGCUCAAGAGCAUUUAGUUGCGGAAAGAAAACGCCGCGAAAAGCUUUGCCAACGGUUGAUAGCUCUCUCAGCUCUUGUUCCUGGGCUGAAGAAGACAGAUAAGGCUUCUGUACUUGGAGACGCUGUCAAGUACUUGAAACAACUUCAAGAACGUGUGAAGAAGCUUGAAGAACAGGCAGUAAAUAAAACAAUGGAAUCAAAGGUUGUUGUGAAGAAAUCUCAUAUCUUUAUUGAGGGUGAAGAAAGUUCUUUGUCUGAUGAAAAGUCUUAUCGCCAAUCCAACCAAUAUCUCCCCGAAAUUGAAGCCAGAGUUUCAGAUAGGGACGUACUUGUUAGAAUCCAUUGCGAGAAGAAUGACGACUGUAUUGUAAACAUACUUACAGAAAUUGAGAAGCAUAAUUUAACCGUCGCCAAAAGCAACGUUUUACCAUUUGGAAACUCAACUCUUGAUAUAACUGUUGUCGCUGAGAUGGACGUUGAAUUCUCCAUGACAGUGAAAGAUCUUGUGAAAAACCUUCGAUUAGCUCUAUUGCAUCCAUCUGCCACAAAAAAACUGUGUUGAUAUUGUGACGGUGAAGAUUACAUAUGUAUACAAGUAAUUCUGAGAUGAUUUAUUUAAGAAGAUUGUGUGGAACAGUCUAAUUUAGCCGUAAUUAGCUCUUAAUUAGAGACCAUCACGAUCUUCUAUGUCCUUUGUGAUUAAGUGGAUUUAUUUUGAUUCGUGUUACAUGUAC